AUGGCGGCUCAGUCUGAGAACAUGUUGACAGUCAUCAUGUUACUGAGUGUCUUCUAUCUAUCAGGUGUCUUUGCUGAUCCCUGUAAUGGUAAUCAACCUGCCUUUCUCAUUAAAACACCAAAGCUCAUUGAAGGGCUGAGUGGAUCGUAUUUGCAAGUCCCAUGUAGCUUCACAAUUAAAGGUGAAGAAGACAAGUUUAACAGAGGAGAACAAACGUCUGCAGCUUGGAUUCCAAGUAAUAAGAAUAUUUUUGACAUCAGUCACAGAGUUAAUAACCAUCAAAUAAAUAUCACUGGAAACAUAAAAGAGAAAAACUGCACCACUGUGUUUUCUGAUAUAAAGACAAGACAAGAAACUGAAUACUUCCUCAGAGUAGAGAGUAGUGAAUACAGGGCAACAGCUUGUUCUACUCCUCUUCAGAUAAGAGUUAAAGAUUCUCCUUGGAGGCCCAGCAUUAAUGUGACCUCUGACCUGAAGGAGCAUCAGUCUGUCACUGUAACCUGCUCAGCUUUCACUCCCUGUCCAAACUCACCUCCUCAACUCACCUUGAAUCUCCAACAAGACUCUCUCAGACACACAGAGAAAAACACAGAUGGAACCUUUACAACUAAAAUCCAGGAGAACAUCACUCUGUCAGACACACAUGAUGGAUACAACAUCAGAUGUUCUGCCAGAUAUCCUGUGAUUGGAGGAAACAAGACAGCAGAGACAGAAGUGACUCUCAGUGUUUCAUAUGCUCCUAAAGACACCUCAGCAUCCAUCAGUCCAUCAGGUUUGGUGUCAGCAGGUAGCUGGGUGGAGCUGAGCUGCUCCAGCAGAGCCAAACCUCCACCCACAUUCACCUGGUUCAGGAUCAGUGAACAUGGAGACAUUAAUGUGUCUGUGGGGCCGAUUUAUGGCUUUAAUGUUACUGAGGGAGGAGAGUUUUACUGUGAGGCCACAAAUUAUGUGGGUAAUGAGACAUCAUCAAGGAUCUGUGUUAGUACAGAAGGUAAUGAUUCUCCAGACAAACCCAGAAUUGAAACUGAUCUGAAAGAUCUGAAGGAGCAUCAGUCUGUCACUGUAACCUGCUCAGCUUUCACUCCCUGUCCAAACUCACCUCCUGAACUCACCUGGAAUCUCCAACAAGACUCUCUCAGACACACAGAGAAAAACAGAGAUGGAACCUUUACAACUAAAAUCCAGAAGAUCAUCACUCUGUUAGACACACAUGAUGGAUACAACAUCAGAUGUUCUGCCAGAUAUCCUGUGAUUGGAGGAAACAAGACAGCAGAGACAGAAGUGACUCUCAGUGUUUCAUAUGCUCCUAAAGACACCUCAGCAUCCAUCAGUCCAUUAGGUUUGGUGUCAGCAGGUAGCUGGGUGGAGCUGAGCUGCUCCAGCAGAGCCAAACCUCCACCCAGAUUCACCUGGUUCAGGAAAAGUGAACAUGGAGACAUUAAUGUGUCGGUGGGGCCGAUUUACAGCUUCAAUGUGACUGAGGGAGAAGAGUUUUACUGUGUGGCUUCAAAUGAUCUGGGUCAAACCAGAUCAUCUGUGAUCCUAGCUACCAAUAAAGAUUCUCCAGACAAACCCAGAAUUGAAACUGAUCUGAAAGAUCUGAAGGAGCAUCAGUCUGUCACUGUAACCUGCUCAGCUUUCACUCCCUGUCCAAACUCACCUCCUGAACUCACCUGGAAUCUCCAACAAGACUCUCUCAGACACACAGAGAAAAACACAGAUGGAACCUUUACAACUAAAAUCCAGGAGAUCAUCACUCUGUUAGACACACAUGAUGGAUACAACAUCAGAUGUUCUGCCAGAUAUCCUGUGAUUGGAGGAAUCAAGACAGCAGAGACAGAAGUGACUCUCAGUGUUUCAUAUGCUCCUAAAGACACCUCAGCAUCCAUCAGUCCAUCAGGUUUGGUGUCAGCAGGUAGCUGGGUGGAGCUGAGCUGCUCCAGCAGAGCCAAACCUCCACCCACAUUCACCUGGUUCAGGAUCAGUGAAGAUGGAGACAUUAUUGUGUCUGUGGGGCAGAUUUACAACUUUUAUGCCACUGAGGGAGAAGAGUUUUACUGUGUGGCUUCAAAUGAUCUGGGGAAUCAAACAUCUUCUGUGAUCCUAGCUACCAAUAAAGGUUCUGGACUUGGUUUCUGCACUAUAAUAAAGAUCCUGGGACUGGUGAUGCUCUGUGGUGCAUUCAUCAUCUUUGAGUGCUGGUUUCGAUUCUCCAAGAGACUGAUAAAGGACACAGAAGAAGCAAAUGUUGCUGACAGAGUAAUGGAGGUUCAGGCGUCUUGAGUCACAAGGCAAAGAUGCUAAAUUCAUUCUGAGAAGGAGGUUUUUUAUAUUUCUUCAUCCUGUUUUCUGUCUUUGAAACUAUUAUUAUUUACAGUAAUUUUUAAU